GAUAAUAAAUUUUGUGUGUUGAAGGCACUACCUCAUGGACGAGCCACGGAGCUCUCUCCAGCACGCCCGGAUCAUCUUGGUCAAGAUUGGCACGGAGGUUGUUAACUCGCCUGAGGGCUUGCUCGCCAUGGGCAAGAUUGGCUGCAUCGUCGAGCAGAUCGCGCGAUUGCACAUGCAAGGCAAGCAGAUCAUCCUCGUGUCGAGUGGCGCCGUGGCCAUCGGACGCAUGGUGCUCAAGCGCCAACAGAUGCUGUCGGGAUCUAUGCAAUCCCACUUGAAAGGGUACAACCCCGCAGCACAGGGCUCGUUGAACCCCAAGGCCUGCGCCGCCGCAGGUCAAAGCGGGAUGCAGUCGCUGUACGAAGUGCUCUUCUCCCAGUACCACUUGGCAUGUUCACAAAUCUUGACGUCCGACACCGACUUUCAAGUGCCCGAGACUCGAGAAAAUGUCAAGCAGACAAUCUUGUCGUUGCUGCAAGUCGGGAUCAUUCCCAUUAUCAACGAGAACGAUGUUGUGUCUCAGCGUAAGGCGCCGUUAACCGACGCCACGAAUCGAAUUGCGUGGGACAACGAUUCGCUGGCAUCGCUGGUAGCUCAGGAAUUGGGCGCUGAACUGAUGCUUUUGGUCACAGAUACGGCUGGCCUGGCUGAUGCCAAUGGCGCGGUUGUGCAUGAGUACAACCCGUUGCAACCGAUGCAAUUUGCAUCGACUUCUCGUGUAGGCCACCACGGACAACUGGACAAAGUCCUCGCGUGUGUCGACGCCAUCAACAGCGGAGUGGUCAAGGCGGCAGUGAUGCUGCCUGCUGCGCCCAACAGCUUGGUGCAUGCUGUGGAGGGCCAGCGUAUUGGCACACUAUUCCGCGGCCCCGCGCCACUGCCGCAACCGUCUGCCCCGGCUGCUGCUCCCGUACCCCCAGCUAGCAAGCUCUAGAACAUGCACUUGACUUUGUUCUCUCAAAUAGUACACUGUAUCACUCUUGCUGUUGAAACGCUGGUGCGCAAUG